AUGGCUGCAAUGAGCGACCCUAUGAUGCAGGAUAAAAACCAGGAGCUGGUGGGGAUGGGACUUCGUGUCUCUGUGUCCCCUGUACAAACUGCUUUUUACAUCAUGCUGGUGAUGAUGGGCAUCGUGGGUAAUGCCAUAGUGGCUGGAGUGAUUGGUAAGAGUAUAAUUAUGGAUCGUGUUGGAGGACGCAACUCGGAUAUCAUUAUCAUUAACAUGGCAUUGUCUAACCUGCUGGUGUCUAUAAUGAGGAACACACUGCUCGUCGUUUCAGACGUGGGACUCGAGCUGUAUUCAUCCAAAGAGUGGUGUCAGUUCCUGAUGGGUGUCUGGGUGUGGCUGCGAUCAGUCAACGUGUGGUCAACACUCUUCCUCAGUGCAUUUCACCUCCAGACUCUGAGGCGUGUAGCUCCCACUAUCGGGAACCUUAACGGGCCCCGGGGCAUUCCACAGACCCUACUGCUGAGUAUUGGCCUCAUUUGGUUUCUCAACUAUAUUUACUCCAUUCCUGCUCAUAUAUUUUCCACUAAUGGGAAUGUGAACACCACAGAGACUCUGAUGCUGGUGAGCAGCACAACACGCCCCCUGCUGGGCUGUGUGUGGAACUUUCCCUCCAGCUUCAGUGGCCUGGCCUAUGCCACCACAUCUAUGGUGAUUCAUGAGGUAAUUCCCAUAGUCUUGAUGGCUUUUACCAACCUGGGCUCCCUUUACACACUCUACACCCAUGGCAGGACGCGCAGCUCGGUACAAGAUGCACCUGUCAUAAAACGGGUGCCAGCCGAGAGACGAGCAGCCAAGGUGAUUCUUGCUCUCAUUAUGCUCUUCAUUGCAUCCUGGGGAACCAGCAUUAUCUCUGUCAACUAUUUCAACUACAACAGCGGCUCCUCGGCUGAGUUUCUACUGGUCAUUGCUCGUUUUGCUAACAUUAUCUUCAUCGCCAUGUCACCUGUUGUUCUGGCAGUCGGCCACAGACGGCUGCGUUCUUUCGUCAAGUCUCUGCUCUCUCACUGA